UUCCUCAGCCAGAGCCUGCUAAGCUGAGUGAGGCUGGUCGUCCUCUCAGCUGUGCAAUUUUUAUUUCUCCCUAGGAGUUGGGAACUGGAGAAAAUUGCAGCAUGUCAUCCAAGAGAGCUCCAUUUUACCAGAGAAGGCAUAAACACUUUGAUCAGUCCUACCGCAACAUUCAGACAAGAUACUUGCUCCAAGAAUAUGCAGCAAGAAAGGUCGCUUCUAGACAGGCAGCUUCUUUUAAGUCCUCUGCCAGUACAGAAAGAACUACAUGUAGGCUCUGUGCCAGGAGAUUGCACACCUCAGCCGAAGAAGAGUCACAAGAAUACAGGAAAAGGACUCAUGAGCAAAAGUCUGAUGUAAGUGAAGAGAAGAGAAUCCGGGUUGCUGCCAAUUUGGCUGAUGUGGAAGAAGAGCUUCGUUCAGCCAGGCUCCUUGCAAGAGAACAGCUGGAUAGAGUUACCAUACAAAGGAUGGUAGAAGAACAAAUGGCCUUGGAAAGAUACACCAUUGAAGAAAGUAUAAGUCGAGCUCCUGAAAUUUUGGUACGACUGAGGUCUCAUACUGUUUGGGAAAAAAUGUCUGUGAGGCUUUACUUCACUGUACAAGGAUUUCCUACCCCUGUUGUACAAUGGUAUAAAAAUGAGGAAUUGAUUUCGCCUGCAAGUGAACCGGGAAAGUACAGCAUUGAAAGCAAAUAUGGAGUGCAUAUGCUGGAGAUACACAGAGCUAAUUUUGAUGAUACUGCUACCUAUACAGCAGUUGCAACAAAUGUCCAUGGGCAGGUAUCAACCAAUGCUGCUGUGGUUGUGAGGAGGUUUAGAGGGGAUGAAGAGCCAUACCCUGCUGGGAUAUUACCCAUCAAUUUGCCCCUGCCAUCAGAAGUUUGCUUCACCCAUAUUGAUGUUCAGUUUUUGGAGAAGUUUGGUGUCACGUUUGGGAUGGAAGGUGAAACAGUUACCCUCAAAUGUGCUCUGCUGAUCACUCCAGAUCUGACUAGGCUUCGACCUCGUGCUGAAUGGUACAGAGAUGAUGUGCUAAUAAAAGACUCCAAGUGGACGAAAAUGUACUUUGGAGAAGGCCAGGCAGCACUGUCUUUCACACACCUGAACAAGGAUGAUGAAGGCUUAUACACCCUGCGUAUAAUCACAAAAGGCGGGGUGACCGAGUACAGUGCAUUCAUGUUUGUCAGAGAUGCUGACGCAUUGAUUGCUGGGGCACCUGGGGCACCAAUGGAUGUUAAAUGCUAUGAUGCUAACAGAGAUUAUGUCAUAGUAACCUGGAAACCACCAAAUACAGCCAGUGAGAGUCCAGUCCUAGGAUAUUUUGUUGACAGAUGUGAAGUGGGUACUGAAAACUGGGUCCAGUGCAAUGAUGCUCCAGUAAAAAUCUGCAAAUACCCUGUAACUGGACUGUUUGAGGGACGGUCUUACACAUUCCGUGUGAGAGCAGUGAACAAGUCAGGUAUUAGCAGGCCGUCUAGAGUCUCUGAAGCAGUUGCAGCUCUUGAUCCUGUUGACCUGGACAGAUUACAAACUGUUCAUAUGGAUGGAGGCAGAGAAAUUGUAAUAUAUCAGGAUGACCUUGAAGAUGAUGUUCAGAUUCCAGGACCUCCCACCAAUGUACAUGCUUCAGAAACCAGCAAAACAUAUGUUGUGCUCAGCUGGGAGCCACCUGUUCCCCGUGGCAAAGAGCCAUUAAUGUAUUUCAUUGAGAAGUCUGCGGUUGGCAGUGGAAGCUGGCAAAGGGUCAAUGCCCAGGUUGCAGUGAGAUCUCCUCGCUAUGCAGUGUUUGAUCUUGCAGAAGGAAAAUCAUAUGUUUUCCGAGUCUUGUCAGCAAACAAGCAUGGCAUUAGCGAUCCUUCUGAAAUAACACCACCAAUUCAAGCACAAGAGACCAUUGGUGUUCCAUCUGCUCCUGGUCGUGUACUGGCAACAAGAAAUACAAAAACAUCAGUUGUAGUACAGUGGGACAAGCCAAAACAUGAAGAAGAUCUGUUUGGCUAUUAUAUUGAUACUUCUGUGGUUGGAACAAACCACUGGGAACCUUGCAAUCAUAAACCUAUUAAAUAUAAUAGGUUUGUGGUUCAUGGUCUGACAACUGGAGAGAAUUACAUCUUCCGUGUGAAAGCUGCGAAUGCUGUGGGGGUCAGUGAAAAUUCUCAAGAAUCUGAACCUAUAACAGUCCAGGCAGCCCUCAGAGGGAGUGUACCUCAUAUUGCCUGUCCAUCACAUCCUUAUGGCAUCACACUCCUUAACUGUGAUGGUCACUCAAUGACUCUCGGGUGGAAACUGCCAAAGUUCAGCGGAGGAUCACCAGUCCUUGGUUAUUAUAUAGAUAAGAGGGAGGCUCAUCACCAUAACUGGCAUGAAGUCAAUUCUUCCCCUGUUAAGGAGAGAAUUUAUACGGUAGAGCAUUUGACAGAAAACUCCUUCUAUGAAUUCAAAGUCGCUGCUACAAACCUGGCUGGUAUAGGACUUCCCUCAGAUCCCAGUGAGCACUUUAUGUGUAAAGCCUGGACCAUGCCAGAACCUGGGCCUGCCUAUGAUCUGACAUUCUGUGAAGUUAGGAAUACAUCACUAGUACUUCUAUGGAAAGCACCUGUGUACAUUGGUGACAGUCCUGUUACUGGGUAUUUUGUGGACUAUAAGGAAGUAGAUUCAGAAGAGUGGACCACUGCUAAUGAAAAACAAAUAUCACACUGUUACUUAGAGGUCAAUGAUUUACAUGAGGGCAAAACCUAUGUUUUCAAAGUCCGUGCAGUGAAUAAAGCCGGUAUAGGCAAAUCAUCUGAUAUUUCUGAGCCAGUGCUUGUCAAGGCAAAACCAGGAACUAAGGAAAUUACUGCAAAUGUGGAUGAUGAAGGUAACAUUUACCUAGCUUUUGAUUGCCCAGAAGUGACAGAGGCAUCAGAUUUUACUUGGUCUAAAUCCUAUGAAGAGAUUACUGAUCUUGACAAAUUUAAUGUUGAAACAACUGGAGAGCAUUCUAAGUUGUACUUCAAAAAUCCUGAUAAAAUGGACUUGGGAACCUAUUCUGUAGCUGUUAGUGACACAGAUGGCAUCUCAUCCAGCUUUAAAAUGGAUGAGAAAGAGCUUGAACGUCUGAUGACACUAAGCCAUGAUAUAAAGAACCCAACAAUUCCUCUGAAAUCAGAAUUAGCUUAUGAGAUGUUUGAUAAAGGAGAGGUUCGUUUCUGGGUUCAAGCUGAGAGCUUGUCACCGAAUGCCAGCUUCAGAUUUGUUAUUAAUGAUAAAGAAGUUGUAAACAGCGAUCACCAUAGAAUUAAGUGUGACUAUUCAAAUGGCAUUAUUGAGAUGCUGAUGGACCAAUUUACAAUUGAAAAUGAAGGAACUUACACUGUACAAAUUGAAGAUGGAAAUGCCAAGAACCAGUCUUCAUUAGUUCUCAUCGGAGAUGCAUUCAAGGCAGUAUUGGCUGAGGCUGAGCUCCAGAGAAAGGAGUAUCUCAGGAAACAAGGUCCUCAUUUUCUGGAGUAUUUAUACUGGGAAGUUACGGAAGAUUGUGAGGUUUUACUUGUCUGUAAGGUGGCAAACACUAAGAAGGAGACAUUUUUCAAAUGGUACAAGGAUGGUUCUGGGCUUGAGGUUAAAGAGUUGCCUGAUUUACAGAAAGGAGUGUGCCAGCUAGCUAUUCCAAGGUUGUCUAAAAAGAAUCAAGGUGAAUAUAAGGCAACAGUGUCAGAUGACAGAGGUCAGGAUGUGACUACUCUUGAUAUAUCAGGAAAAGUGUUUGAUGAUAUAAUCCUGGCAAUGAGCAGAAUCAUUGGUAAAUCUGCUUCUCCACUGAAGGUCCACUGCACUCCAGAAGGAAUAAGACUUCAAUGUUUCCUGAAGUACUAUGCAGAUGAAAUGAAAGCUAAUUGGUUUCAGAAGGAGUCUAAGGUUUCUUCUAGUGAAAAGAUGAGGAUUGGAGGUAGUGAAGACGUUGCCUGGCUGCAGAUAUGUGAGCCCACUGAAAAGGACAAAGGGAAAUACACCUUUGAAAUUUUUGAUGGCAAAGAAUCCCAUAAGCGCAUGCUUGAUCUAUCUGGACAAGCUUUUGAUGAUGCAUAUGCAGAAUUCCAGCGACUCAAAGCAGUGGCUUUUGCUGAGAAGAAUCGUGGUAAAGUGAUAGGUGGUUUGCCUGAUGUGGUGACUAUAAUGGAAGGCAAGACUUUGAAUCUGACCUGUUCUGUAUUUGGAAAUCCUGAUCCUGAAGUGGUGUGGCUUUGGAAUGACAAGAAAUUUGAACUUAAUGAACAUUAUUUAGUUGCACUGGAGCAUGGAAAUGUUGCCAGCUUUACAAUCAAGGGAGUGUCCUCAGAGGACUCAGGCAAAUAUAGCAUCAAUGUCAAGAACAAGUACGGUGGGGAAACAGUGGAUGUCACUGUAAGUGUGUACAAACAUGGUGAAGAGAUGCCUGACAUUAAACUUUCCCAGUUUGCUAAACCACGGAUAAUACCACCACCAGCACAAGCCACAGAUCCUCCAGAAAAAGCAAAAACAACCUCCACAGCUGAGAAAUCCAGUAGAAAAUAAAGUUUGAAAGCCAUUUUUGACAGACAAAACCAUAUAGAUGAGCUGUAGUUGAAGUGUUGCUGCAAAUAGGUAACUGUGAGUGUCCAAGGAGAUGAGCUUUUAAAGCAGAGGUGGGCAGACUGCAACCCAGGGUCCACAUCCUCCAGCCUGUUUAAUGUGGCUGUUGAGCUCCCACUGCGGAGCGGUGUCUGGGGCUUGCCCUGCUCCCACGCUGCAGCCGGGGAGCAGGGUCGGAGACUGCUCCGCGCGUGUGUGCCGAGGCUCCUGGAAGCAGCAGCACGUUCACCCUCCGGCUCCUAAGUUUAGAGGUAGCCAGGGGGCUCCAUGUACUGCCAAGUGCUACCCCUGCAGCUCCCAUUGGCUGGGAGCUGCAGCCAAUGGGAACUACAGGGGCGGUGCCUGCAGAAGGGGCAGCAUGCGGAGCUGCCUGGUCACAUCUCCACAUAGGAGCCGGAGGGAGGACAUGCCGCUGCUUCCAAGAGCUUCUUGAGGUAAGCGCCGCCCGGAGGUUGCACCCCUAACCCCCUCCCCUGUCCCAACCUCCUGCCCGAGCCCUGAUCCCUCUCCCGCACCCCAACCCCCCUGCCCCAGCCUGGAGUCCCCUCCUGCACCCUGAACUCCUCAUUUAUGGCCCAACCCCAGAGACCGCACCCCAGACUCCUCACCCCCUCCUGCACCCUAACCCCAAUUUUGUGAGCAUUCAUGACCCAUCAUACAAUUUCCAUACCCAGAUGUGGCCCUCGGGCCAAAAAGUUUGCCCACAUCUGUAUUAAAGGUAUGCAGUUGUGCAACAGUAUUGUACAUUUGUGCAAUUAUACCUUUAUGAAAAAAUACAAUAUGGCACAACUUACAAAUAGCAACAGGCCCAAUAUCUGCCAUUGGUUUAAUUAUCAAUGACAGUUUCUAUAAAGUUACAGUGAUAUAAAUUUUCUUCGCUGAGAAUCAGUUCCCCAGCAACAAAAGUAGCAUGCUGUAGUUAAAUAUGCAUUCAGAGCUGCACUUACUCAUUACUCACUUGUGGAGUCUCUUUGACUUUGAAGGUGCUCCUCAUAUGAGUAAGGCAAACUGAGAUGGCUACUGUAGUCUAUAUUUAGUAGCAUUGUUAUUCUGUACUGCAAGCUGAUCUUUGGUAGUGUUCUACAGAUGAUCACAGUGGACUUGUUAAAGCAUAAGUUACAUGGUUGUAUUUUGUUUUUCUUGCUUUGUGCUGAUAAAACUUAAAAAGUCACCUUGUGCUUCUCACUGCACCAAAUCACACCUAACUAAUUUGGUUUACUCUCUUUCAUUGUUUAAUUAUGGCUUAUUGCAUAAUUUCACAGCUGGUAGCAUGCAGACAAUUGAUUUUCAAUAAAGAAAACAAACUAUGGUUAAUCACAGUCACUGUGUGGCACUUGCAACAUUAUAUUUGCUCUUUAUGGUAUGGGUCAAGAUGCAAAUUUAAAUUGGGAAAACAAGACACGUAUACAAUUGUGCAGCUUUCUAGGGUUAUUAUGGGUCAGAUCCUGCUUUUGCUAAAACCAGUGGCAAGACUCUGAUGUCUGUGGAGCAGGAACUUAAUAUUAGACCCAGAUACUUAAGCAUGUGCUUUACCUUGAAGCAUGUGAGUAGUCCCACUGCAUCAAUUUUAGUGGGACUACUCAAGUGCUUAAAAUUAAGUAUGCACUUGAAUGUUGGCAGGACUGGGGCUUUAGGGCCAGAUUAUCUAUACAAUUACAGCCCCAUUGUCCACGCAGGCUCUAAUCUGUUCGUAAAUGCCCAGCAGAGAAUUCCCCUCUUGGAGGGUAACUUCCUGCUUAUACAAGUACGCUGGAUCC